AUGAAUCCUAUCCCUCCCUCCCAUUCGACCGUCUCUCUGGUCAGCACCACCGAAAGCGUUGCUACCGCGACACCCAAUUCUUCCACUGCCCAGCUUUUGCCCAAGCCAGCCCAAGUUGGGAGAGGGUCGACGUCUGUCUCGACGUCCAAACCCGUAGUCACCGCGCCGCCUUCUGCCAAGGCUGCGCCUACACCUGCGCCGCGCGAUUACGAGAAGGCCUUCGGCGCGCUCUCCACGUCGUAUGGGUUUUCCCAGUCGUUCGUGGCGGUCCCUUCGAAGGGCGCCAAGGCCAAGCAGGAGAAGGCGAAGGCGAAGGCGAAGAAGGACGGCAGGGCGGACGGUUCCUCUGCAUCUACGACGGCGUCGCAAGCGGCUCCGCCAUCUCCGAAGGGCUCUGUCCCCCCUCCGUCCUUCACUGGACCCCGUUAA